AUGCGCCCUCUGAGACUGUACGAGCAUCCCACCUUCAAGGUCGAUGAGAGGGACAAGACCCUCGCAGCCACCAUCUGCUUCGUCCUGGUCCUCGCGGUUACAGGCGCAGUGAUCAUACUGACAAUGUCGUCUCUGCUCUCGUCCGACGAC